AUUGCCGCUGCCUGUGGAUUGUGCAUUGCCGCUUGCGGCCGCUGCCGGAUUGCGCAUUGCCGCUGCUAGAUCGCAGGUUGCCGCUGGCGCUGUGCAUCGGAUUGAAAGCCGGAGAGACGCAUAGCAGAUCUUGCGAUGGAUAACAAGGAUCAGAAGAUCGACAACGAGGCGCCAAGCCAAGAGUGUCAAGGACAUCCGACGCCGCUCUUUCAGUCCUGCGACAAGAGCACAAGGACGCAUGACAAACAAAGCGUUACUGGUGUUCUCCACGAUCAAGCACGCACGGACGAAGAAGUACAGGUGAUGCAAGGGUCUGGACUUUCAAGCCAGCCGCAGUGCAAUUCUUGCACAUUUUCCGACAAUGAGGCGCCACACCAAGAGCUACAAGGACAUCCGACGCUGCUCGCAAGCUCCAGCUUUCAGUUCUGCGACAAGAGCACAAGGACGCAUGAUAACCAAAUCAUUCCUGGAGUUUGCCAUGAUCAGGCACGCACGGUCGAAGAAGUACAGGUGAUGCAAGGGUCUGGACUUUCAAGCCAGCCGCAGUGCAAUUCUUGCAAAGCUUCCAACAAUGAGGCGCCACACCAAGAGCUACAAGGACAUCCGACGCUGCUCGCAAGCUCCAGCUUUCAGUCCUGCGACAAGAGCACAAGGACGCAUGAUAACCAAAUCGUUACUGGAGUUUGUCAAGUCCAUGAUGAAGCAAACACGGACGACGAAGUACAGGCGAUGCAAGGGUGUGAGCUUUCAGGCCAGCCGCAGUGCAAUUCUCUCGGUGAUACUCUCGAAGAGAAUGGUGACAAGUAUAUGUUUCCCAAGAAUGUCAUUCAGUACGUGAUGGUCGGAAAGCUUCGAAACUUCGGACGUGUUGUAGAGAACAUUGGUGUUCUGUUUCCGGGUCUCACAAGGUGCCUGAUUUAUUGGUCUGAUACUUCGUCGCAGCUCAAAACCGUGGGAGAUAUUGUGGAAGCAAAAACAGGGCAGCCAGCUCAGAUUUGGCUCAGCUACCAACAGCCAACAGCCAGGUUCAUCAUAUUGACGGACGGGUGCAAAUUAGACACCAUUCCAGAUGGUGUAAAUGCUGUUAUUUCCUAUGGUCUUCCCAAGGACCCGACAAGCUAUUGCAAAAGACUUUCUGCUCUGAAGGGUGGUGGAAUGUUUAUUGUACUUCUUCGAGAUUGGAAGGAGAGGCAUGGUCUUCUUCAACCGUGGAUUAAGAUCAUCCCACAAAAGAAAUGGCAGACGCUGGUGGUGAAUCCACUCAUUCGAGAGUGGCAUCUAGACUACACGGAAGCACUGCAAAAGCUUGGUCUUCCUAUAGAAGCCGCUAUGUUGGGAAAACUAUUCGUGGCUGCGCAAAAGCGAGUGUCUUAUGAAUUCAGCGAGUGUCGCAUGCAUCUGGAAGACAUUGAAAACACGUUGGACAAAACAUCGUUGCAUCCGUCAUUCAGAGACGCUCUACAGUGGCAGCUCUACGAAUACUUCAGGUAUACCGAGGACAUGAAAGGACUCUACCACCACGGGUUAUCAAUCCUGGCAUGUUUGCGAGCAGCUUAUGAAGACACCAGAGAGCGUAUCUUGGAUGAAAUGGUAUUCGCUGCUAUUUUCACUGGCUGUGACUUUGGUGACCUCCUAACCUGCCAAGCGGAUCUGGGAGAAAAACGACGUUGUCAACUCACCACGUUCAACACUGCCAAUGUCAAGCUUUACACGGAAAAGAUCUUUCCAGCCGUUUACUUUGAAAGUUUUCCACGAUUCAAGUUUGAAGUAAUGAAACUGAGGUGUCUAAUCACGAGCUGUGGAACAUAUCAAUUGCCUUUGUUACAGAAAGAAGUGAACCGUGACGUGGAAUUCUUGCUCAUGCACAUGUUCUCUGAACACAUUCUUGAAGGAAUCAUGGAUGGCGUGGAUGCCACUGUUACCAUCACGUGGAUAAAACCACGAACUCUUGUCACCACCCAAGCAAUUGAACAGCUGCGAGAGAGAUUUGCAACUUGGGAGCUCAGGGUCACCUCGACAGUGGCUGAAUUUGAACGAGCUAUAGAACAGAACUUAGAGUAGACUGCAAUUCCGCGGGGCUUUCUUCGUAACAUCUUUUUCUCUUCGAGCGCCACUAAGGCUAACAUCCAUCAUCUCAACCCAAGACAAAAUAGGAGUAGCGGGAAUCGACAACUGUUGUCACGAUCUUCCAGGUCCCCUACAUCAACUCAAGCUGAAUCCUCCUACAACCACCAGGGCCUUGAAGUGAUGACGCUCCAGACACAUCUGACGUGCCUCCGUGUCGUCAUAAUUCUGCGGGAGGUUUUCUACAGGGUCCACGUGUCCUACUAGCAAGAGAGUGGAAGGGCCUGUGGAGUAGCAAGAGAGUCGAAGAGACGCGUGGAGCAAUGGACGUGACUCGAUCAAAGUCUAUAGCAAAACAUACUUGUAGUAAAUCGUUCUUCUUUCUGUAACGGGCUAAUGUUGGAGCUAACAAAGAAAAUGGUCCAACCUC